UAGAAUAGAAAUGGUGGGGCUGUGAUGAUGAGUUCAACAUGAUAAUGGAUAAGCUGAACCAGCAAUCCAAGCAACGAGAAAUUGUGUCAAUUAUGGGAAUGGGUGGAAUCGGUAAAACCACCUUAGCUAAAAGAAUUUAUGGAGAUGCUUCAUUCAUUUCUCGCUUUGAUUGUCGAGCUUGGGUUACUAUCUCACAGGUGUAUAAUCCAACAAAAGUGUUCAAAGUCCUUCUUCGUUCUCUUGUCCCUGGGGUCGAUGAAGAAAACUAUGAAGCUAGCAACAAAGAAUUGGCUGAGGUAGUUUACAAAUGUCUAAAACGUCAAAGGUAUUUGAUCAUAAUUGAUGACAUAUGGAGUACAGAAGUUUGGUGUGAUUUGCAGAAAUGUUUCCCAGAUGAUAACAAUCAAAGUCGAAUGUUGUUGACCACUCGACUCAAAAAUGUGGCUGAUUAUGCUGGUUCAGGUGGUAAUCUUCGUCAUACCACGCGUUUUUUGGAUUCAAAUGAAAGUUGGAACCUUUUUCACAACAAGGUGUCGCCCCAGGGAAUAACUUUGUCCCCUGAAUUUGAAAGAAUUGGUAGAGAGAUAGUAAAAAAGUGCAAAGGAUUUCCUCUUGCAAUUAAUGUGGUUGCUGGACUCCUCUCAAACCCCAAACAAGACUUAAAUGAAUGGGAGCUAAUUGCAAAAAAUGUUCAUACAUUAAGUAUAGAUCAUUCUAAUCAGAAGGGUGAAAACAUCAUUGACUUGAGUUACACCUUCUUACCCCAUCAUCUUAAACACUGUUUCUUGUCACUUGGGCUUUUUCUGGAGGACGAAGAACUUGCUGAAGAUUUUAUUGUUGAUUUUUGGGUUUUGGAGGGAUUUCUAAAGGUUUUGAGGUCUAAGAGCUUGGAAGACGUGGCAAGAGAAUCCUUACAAGAUCUUGUAGAUAGGAAUCUUGUUUUAAUUUCUACAAAGAUGACUAAUUAUGGAUCAAUAAAAGUAUAUCAAAUGCAUGAUGUGUUGGGUGAAUUGGCCUUGAGAGAAGCUCAAAAGGAGAAUCUAUUAUGUCUCAAAAAUGAUAGCUCUAUCUUUAGUGUGGGGUUUAGGAGAAAUCAACUAAUAAACUCCUCUCGUAUCUCUCACCCAUGGAGUAUCCAAUCAAAAAUUUGCAGUUACAACUCUUUGUCUCAUACCUGCAGUUCCUUUUUAAGGUUGGCUUUAUCCCGUAACGGCUACAAUAAGCAAUUUCAUUUUCAUUUUAAGUUUUUAAGGGGAUUGAUAGUAGAAGAGCCAGACGACAAUGCCUAUGCGUCUACAGAGUUAAUGGGUCUAGUGCAUUUGAGAUAUCUAAAAAGUUAUUCUACUUUGGAACUUAAUUCUCUACCCUUGUUCAUGUUAUGGAAUUUGCAGAAGCUAGAAGUUCAAGUUAAUCAUUCACUAAAUGAACCCCUUAACAUUUCGGGAUUACCCCAACUGAAGAAGCUUAGUCUUCAGGCAACCAUUACAUUGGUUCCUCCAAGAUCAGUUCAUCAUAAUUUGGAGAGCAUUAGAUAUUUGGAUUAUAGGAGUUGUACAGAGGAGCUGUUUAUGAGAAUCCCAAAUCUAAGGACGUUGGUAAUUAAUGAAGAUCGUAACAUUAAUAUGAAAUGCAAAGCAUUCAGUUGGUUCGAAAGUCUUGCCUAUUUGUAUAAACUGGAAGAUCUACAAGUUUGUGGCAAACUUCUUCAUCCGGAGUUUAGUACAAUUCAUUCUAUGGGGACUUUGAGCAUAGAGAAUAUUUUGCCAAAUCUUAAGAUAUUGAAACUCUUGUAUACAAAAUUAAAUUGGAAGGAUAUGUAUGUUGUUGGGAUGUUGCCGAAGCUUGAGGACCUCGUCUUGCAUCGUGUUGCUGCUGUUGGCAAAAAAUGGAAACCCAAAGAUGGAGGAUAUCAUGGAUUAAAGUUCUUAACCAUAAAUUGGUGUGAUCUACAAAUUUUGAAAGCCACGGGUCACCAUUUUCCUGUCCUUGAAUGUCUUGUCCUCUUGAACAUGUAUAAUUUUUAAAAGAUUCCUAGUGGCUUUGCAGAUAUAGCUACUCUCAAAUCGAUCAAGUUAUAUGAAUGUUCAAAGUCAGUUAUAUCUUUUGCCAAGUGUAUUCUAGAAGAGCAACAAGAAUACGGAAACAAUGCAUUAACGGUU